AUGCCGCGCUCCCGCCCGCUCCGCCCCGUCGGGCGACUUCCGGGGCAGCGCGGAGGCCGGGCCGUUGAUGCGGCGGCUUGCUGCUGCGGGCGUGGGGCGGUGCGGGGGGUCCACGCUGCUGCCCUGGCGGGUCCCGGCUCCCCGGGCGAGUGCUUCCCGCCGGCCCCACCGCAGCCCCUGCGGCGUUCGGGUCGGCCUUUCACCCGGGUCUGUCCCUCCCCUGGUCCGGUCCCUCGCCCGGUGCUCCCCGCAGGCACAGCCCGGCUGAGCCACAGCGAUCCGCGGGGCUGGGAUGGACACACCGGGGAGGAGGAGGAGGAGGAGGAGGAGGUGGAGGAGGAAGGGUGGCACCAGCUUUACCCUAGCCACAUCCCCACCAGCCCGCUGCAGAAGGCGCUGCUGGCCGCCGGCUCCGCGGUCAUGGCGCUCUAUGACCCCUACAGACACGACAUGGUGGCAGUCCUUGGGGAGACCACAGGCUGCCUGGCCCUGCCCAACCUGCGAGACAAGAUGAAGCACCACCCUGAAGGUUACCGCAUCCUCCAGGAACGGCCUUGCAUCCGUCUCUCCACCCUGGACAUGUCCAGGCUGCGGGGGCUGCCGGAUGGCUCGCUGGGCCGGGAGUACGUCCGGUUCUUGGAGGACAAUAAGGUUUCUCCGGACACCCGGAUGCCACCCAAGUUUGUUGAUGAUGAAGAGCUGGCCUAUGUGAUCCAGAGGUACCGGGAAGUCCACGACCUGAUGCACACCCUCCUGGGCAUGCCAACUAACAUGCUGGGUGAGGUUGUGGUGAAGUGGUUCGAAGCCGUGCAGACAGGGCUGCCCAUGUGUGUCCUGGGAGCAGCGUUUGGCCCCGUCCGUCUCAGCGCACGAAAGCUGCAGGUCCUGGCCACUGAGCUGGUGCCCUGGGCGAUCCGGAGUGGGCUCAACGCCAGCUGUGUCCUGAAUGUCUACUACGAGCAGCGCUGGGAGCAGCCAGUGGAGUCCCUGCGGGAGGAGAUCGGCAUCUUCCCUCCCCCGGCCGUUCGAGUGUGAGAGUUUAGGGAGGGCACAGGGGAUCCCCGUUGUCAGACAACAGCCAUUCCCUGCCCUGCUCCGUAUCCUCCUGCCUGGGAGUGCAGCGUGGCUCCAUGGACCUGAGGGCUGAGUUUUCUUCUGCCAAGAGCCGGCACCAUCCUGUUGGUAGAGGCCAAGUGGCACCUCCUUUUGAUGGUGCCCAAAACUGGACUUCUUUUGCUGUUUGUGAUUUUGGUUCAGGGAUGUCAAGCCCUGAUGUGCCUUUGCCAGCUGGGUCUGGCUGCUCAGGUCCCCUGUAGCAGCAUUCCAGUACUGAUGCUCCCAAAUGCUAGGAUGGAGAGGGAGCAUACUGCAGCAAACUGGUGCCUUGGCCUUCUGCAGCUCUGGGCCUGUGCAGGUAAAUCCUUCCUCCUACCUUCCCCAGGAAGAUCAAGGCUUAAAAUCUUGGAGUUGUCCUGGACUCGAGCUAAACCAGUGAUUUCCAAAGUAGCAUAGGGGCAGGUUGGGUGUGUACAGUGGUGACAUCUCAUCUUGUACUGGUGCUUACCUGGUCUCCUGUUGGGUCAUAUGGGAUGUUCUUCACUCAUGCCUUGGAGACCAGGCAGUCUAUGAUUGUGUGCCAGGGGGCCAGGCAGGGAAAUACUUUUGGAUAUUAUCCCUGCUGGAUUGGCUGUUUGAGAGCCAAUCCCAGUCUGCUGUGUCUCUCUGUAGUCCCUUCCAAUCAAGAAUUAUGAAAUCCACAUGAUUGUACUGAGUUUUCAAUAGGAAUCAUCCCCUCCUUGGGCAACAGUAUGACACAAUUAGGAAUAAGGCUCCAGAGAGCUCAGAAAUGGCAGCUGCUCGUGCUGUGUCUGGGAGCUGAUUGCUGUCUGGGUUAAUUAACAGGGCUCCAGACUGCCAGCAGUCAGGGAGCAGAGCUGCUGGAUGUGACGGUAGAGAACCACCAGGCCAGGGGCUCUUUAUGUGUGUGUGUUUGGUGUUGAAAUUCCUUCUUGCUUAAUAAAAUCCAUGGUGGAGCCUGUG